AUGAACAAACUCAAAAGGCCACAUCCCCCAGCACAGAACAAUGGCCCCAGCAAACCCCCACUACAAUCUGCCAUCCACGCUACGUCUUACUCGCUACCUGAGAGCAGAACCAUGAUGUAUGCGCGAGCCGUCGUGCCUGCACCCACUGUCAAAGUGACGACCACUGUGCCCCCAAUACCUGCGAUCUCGGCUGCUGCACGCCCUUCGUCCGUGACGGAGCAGUACUGGGCAGCCCGCGCGUUGACUGCCGAAACCCUGCUUUCUGCUCGCAUCGCCCAUCAGACCGAAAUUCUGGAGCUGGCCACGUCGGCGGAGGAGAAGCGUUCGCAAGAGCUGUUGGCACUGAGACGUACACACGAUGAGAGGCAUGCCAGGCUCGAGAUGCUUGUGGUUGCGCUCAUCGCAUGUCUGGUUGCGUUUGUCUGUGCGAUUAUGUACAUGCACGUUCGGAGUCUGGACCAAAGGGCGUCCCGCUGGUCUGUACCAACACAUUUCACAAUCCCCAUCCUAUCUCCCUUCGCUUCGGUCGUUGAACAUGAAACCUCCGUCAUAGGCAACAGGCUGCUUGCUGUUGGGGCUGCAAUUUUUGCGAUCCUCGCGUAUGCUUGUUUUCGUUUUUGGCUCUCACACAAAAUUGGAUCCGUCGUCCCUGGUGCCCUGGUAGAGGGGAGGCAGGUGAAGGCAUGCCGGUCAUGUGGGGUUCGUCUCCAGGAUCUGGCCGAUAUCCCUCCGCGCAGCCCUUUUGAGUUCUGCCGCAAGAGCGCAUGGUGCAAUCCGCUCGCCAUAAUCGAUGUCCCUUCUACAGUCUCUCUCACCGACACACAAAAGCAUCACAUUUCGCGCGAAUUCAAUCUCUCUGAGACGGUAUUCAUCCAUCAUCCCCCCACGCACGAGGCUGUGGAUACGAUCAGGGUUAGCAUAUGGACAACAGAGCAAGAGCUUCCUUUUGCUGGCCACCCCAGCAUCGGCGCAGCGUGGUAUCUCCUCACCCCACGCGUGGGGUCCGGUUCGACGGGAAACGUCAUGCUCAACAUUCCUGCAGGUCUCCUUGCAGCUACAUACUCGUCCCCGAACGAUCUUGCAUCUGUCGUGGUGCCGCAUGAUGUCAAGAUCCAUAGUCCUUAUGUUCACACCGGCAAGAUGGCCGAAUGGCUUGGGCUCACACCGGCUGAUCUCGCGCUGGAAGAUGCCUCAAAAGGCGUCCCGCUCGUCUCAAUCGUGAAGGGUAUGACGUUCCUGCUCGUCCGUGUGAACGACUUGGAAGCACUUGGUCGCAUUCAUGCGGUAGGCGAGCGAUUCGUCGUGAAUGACGGUGUGGAUAGGGACGAGUCUCGGGCAUGGCUGGUCGGGAGCUUCGUUGGGGUGUACUGCUAUGUCCUGGAGAGCGAGAUUGAUAGAACACAACGGUUACGAACGAGGAUGCUCGAGGGCACGUUUGAAGACCCUGCGACGGGCAGCGCUGCGUGCACCCUCUCCGUGUACCUUGCGAACGGCAUUGGGUCAACCACAUUUGAGAUAGUCCAGGGCGUGGAGAUGGGUCGUAGAAGCGAGAUCAUGGUGGAGGUGACUCGGACGGAUGCGCGCAUUGAGGAAGUCCGUCUUGCUGGGCGGGCAGUGAAAGUCAUGGCAGGCUCCUUGGACGUAUAG